ACUCUUCAAGGCGAAAUCGGCACUUCUAAAGGGUCUAGGCAUCCAAUAGGGUCGAACCUAUUCACGUCGGGGGAUAGCCUUUGCUUGUUGGGCCAGCGGCCGGGUCUUCCGUAGUGCUUUCGGGAGUCAGCCGAACACCUGGCAGGCAACAUGCUUCGUAAGGGCGCCCAGGUUGUGCUCCAGACGGAGCGUGCAGGUCUCCAGCAGACCUGCGCGGCGGCCCAGGCAGCCUUCACCCGGCAGUUUGGUGCUCCGGCUAGCCAUGACUCGCCGACUACGCCCCUCAGCCCUAUCAUGCCGGGCAUCGUCUCGCUGCCGCGCAAGGCUAUCGGCGCGGCGCUGGGCCUGGCCGGCAAGGCUGUUGCUGGUGCAGCUACCUCUGGUAGCGUGAAGAACCUGGUCUCGUCCUUUGCGGACAAGGCUAUUGUCAGCGAGUCGAUCAUGAAGGUGGAGGAGACCGACGUGGCGUUCUGGGCCUACUGGCUCAGCGUUGGGGGCUACAGCAGCCCCGCUGGCUUUAAGAAGUUUGCUGAGGCCGCUAAGACCAAGGUGGCUGCCAUGGAGCCCCAGCAGGUCACGGACCUUGUCGUGGCGUUCCACAAGGUGAACUACUACGACAAGGACCUGUUCACUGGCGUCGCCGCCAACAUCUCCGCCAACUUCACCAAGUUCGAGACGGAGCAGCUCCUGAAGGUGCUGAGUGCCUUCCUGGAGUUCGGGCACUAUGAUCAGACCGCGUUCGAUGACAUUGCCGACUCCAUCACCUACUGCAACCACUACCUGGCCCCCAUUAAGUCGUGCCCCCUGGAGCUGGCCAACGCUUUCGCGGCGUACGCUAAGUUUGAGCACGAGCGUGGUGACCUGUUCACCGCUCUGGCCAGGGGCUUCAGCGAGCAGUCGCUGGGCAAGCUGGACGAUGAGACCCGCAAGGCGGUCGUGCUGAAGGCUCUGCGCGCCUUCCACGCCUUCCAGUUCUGGCCCGAGGCCACGGACGCUCUGCUGUACGCCGCCAAGAGCUCUGCCGCCACCUACAGCGCUGAUGAGCUGAAGGAGGUUGAGAAGUACCAGACCCUGGUGGAGGAUGCUGUGGGCGGCGAGCUGCGGGUGUUCAAGGAGGGCGACGACGUGGACUCCGUGCACUGGUACGGGCACCACACCUCGGGCCCCUCCUCCUACCAGCUGUACGUCUUCCGUGACUCGCUGGUGCCCAAGCAGUACUCCCCCGCCAGCAUGCGCCCCAUGAAGUAAAGUACCCGCCUAGGAUGGGUUCUUUCUAUGGGUCGUCGGAGCUUCUGGACGGAGUAUGGGUCACUGUGAUGUCAUGACGACGGCCGCUCAUGGGGCAUAGGCCGUGAUCGUCGAGACACUUUCGGGGAUGCUUUGCUGUGUGGAAAGGUGCUGGGAUGGAAAAGGCACGCACGGUGGAAGCAAGCUGGCUUAUGGUGAUGGGCGAGGAAUGGGGUUACACGCUAUCAUACUGGUGCAGCAGAUGAUGUGUUUCGCGUGUGUUUCGUUCGGAGCGUGCGCGGGCUAGGGCUCAUGAGAGGGGGUGCAAAUAUGGGACCCUUUCAAGAUUUGUCCCCUGUGCAUAGCGACGCGUUUGUGGGCUAUGUGAGUGCCGGGAAGAGGCGGACUACGUGCGCGUUCGAGCGCGUCGUCUGUAAAUGUAACGGUCCUAACGGAAU